AGUUUCUCAGUCCCAACGCCAUACGGCGACUGAUCAACACUGACCUCUAAGUAUUUGUAUCACGAAGUUCUGACAGUGAAUUGGUUGAAAGUGAAACGAGAUCGUGUUGUUUGCAUAUGUUAAACUCAAGUUCUAGACGUGUGCCCGGUGAUAAAGUUGGAGUUAUUUAAGGAUGGCUAGCGAAAAGUGGAAAGACAUCGCUUAUGGCCUCGUCUAUAGAAAUGGCCAAAAUGAAACAGAUGUCGAGGCGAAUACAACAGAGGACCCUGCCAAAGAUCAGGAAAAGGAGAAAAAAGAAGCUGAAAACACUGGCAUUGAGGAGAUCAAAAUGAAAUCCCUAACUGCUGACCUCUCUGCAACAAAUCCAAAUGAAAACAAUCCAGGAGUGCCAAACGGAGUGAGCAAAUUAGAUAAUGACAGCAAGAGUGAGGGAACUGCUUCUGCAACCAAUGCACAACACCCAGGGACUAAUAAUUACUCCAAUUCUGACGUUCAUGUCUAUGCAAGUGAGGGCAAUACUGACAAAUGCCUGCAACUUCUGGCAAAGUCAAAUACUGACAUUAACCUAAAAGGUAAACAUGCAAUGACACCUCUACACUUGGCUUCGCAAAAAGGGCAUGAGCAAUUGGUCAAGGAGCUGCUGAAUCUUGGUGCCAAUAGGUAUGCAAAAGAUUUAGAUGGUUUGAUCCCAUUGCAUCAUGCAGCACGUCAAGGCUACCUAACCUCUGUUGAAAAGUUUCUGGCUGGAAACCCUUCUGAAUCUAAACAGCUCAGUGUGAAAUGUUUGAUGGGAAGGACGCCUCUUAUGGAGGCUGCAGAAUCAGGAUCACAAGAGAUUUGCAAAAUUCUAAUUGGAUCAGUUAUUGACGAGACUGACAAUGACGGUAACACAGCUCUGCAUCUGGCAGUUAAAAGGGGUUACAGUCAAGUUGUGAAGGUUCUGCUCUCGCAUGGCGCUAACCCAAAAUGCCAAAAUAAGGCAGGAAUUACUCCUAUUCAUGAAGGAGCUAAUCAAAGGACGAAAAAUUGUUUAGAACUACUCUGUGAAUCUGCAAAACCUGAUAUAUUUCAAGUUGAUAAAAAGGGUAAAAAUGUUAUCCAUUUUUCGGUGACUCAGAGAUCCGCUGAAUGCCUGAAGUAUCUACUGGAAAAAGACUUUGUAAGGAACCAUAUAGAUGAAAAUGGUCCAAAAGGGACUCCACUAAUUUAUGCAAUGAACUGCCGAUCGUUUCUUUGCAUUUACGCACUUCUAGAUGCUGGAGCUUCUCCCUCAGCUGAUUCUAAUGGCACAUUUCCAAUACACAAAGCUGCUGAAGUCGGGUAUCAUCAAGUAUGUGAGAAGCUCUUCACAAUGAAUGACUCAAUAUUGCAACAGAAAAACAAACUAAAUCAGACAGCUCUUCACUUGGCAGCAAUAAGUGGCAAUUUGGAAACCGUAGACUUCAUCUGUGAGAAGAUAAGAGAUGCACAAAUUAGUCCAUCAUGUGAAGAUGUAAUGGGACAAACAGCACUGCAUUUAGCUGUAAAAAAAGCUGAUGAACAAGUCAUACGAAGGCUUCUUCGAUGUAACAUAGCAUCUGGAAAACAAGAUGCAAAAGGUUACUGUGCCCUCCAUAUAGCGGCCGAAAUGGGGAAAACUAAAGUCUGUGAACUCCUUGUAGACAGAACUCGAACGAGCCUCCACAAGAAUGAUAAGAAUGGAUAUUUUCCUCUAGACAUGGCAUUCAAAGACAUGGAGCGAAACAAGGAGACAAUCAUUUACCUCAUGGAGGAAAUGUGUUCAGAAUGCCCAUCGAAGCUCCUCAAAAAUACUAAAUAUUUAGGUAAUAUGAUGCUCCUUAAGUGUCGAAUGAGAAAGUACCUGGAUAAAGCACUUUCCAGAUCACAAAGGGACAUUGUUGAAGCGAUACUUCAGAGUAACCUGUGGGAGGAUGCUCUCUUAGGGAAGAAAGACCUCAAUCCAGAGAAUUUUAAAAAACUUGUGAAGGUGUACCCCUCUCUAGCUCUAAAGGUACUAGGGAAAUGUUACAGAUCACAAUCUACUGAUGAAAUUCAUUACAAGUUUUCCCUUUAUGAGAACACUUAUUAUAUGGAAAGUGGAGAAAAUCCUUUUGAUGAGACUAGCUACAAGCUAAAGAAAGAAGCCUUGGACCACCGCCCAAAAAUCCACGAAUGGGCGGAGUCACACCCAGUUAAACUGAUAAUUUCGAACAACGAAUGUGAUUUGCUGAAGCACCCAAUCACCAUUGCUUGGCUCAGAUACAAGUGGAACUCUUACAUCAAAUACAUCCAUUCAGUGUUGCUUUUCAUCGAUUUCCUUCAUCUUCUGGCUCUAAUUUGUCUCAUGUCUACUACAUGGAACUGGACUCAGUUAUCACAACCUAGUACCUUCAAUAUCUCCAAGGAAGAGUUUUGCUUAGUCACCAGUUCACUUAAUCAGAAUAAUCUCACUGAAGAGUCUACCAACGUGGUUUCAAAUGCAACUUCGGUAGUAAAUAAAUUCAACGAGAAGGUGCUACCAUAUUUAGGUUUCUACUACUGGGUUACUUUCUCCUGGGUCUUCAAAAUCAUCAUGGAACUCUUCUACGGAGUACAGCUUGGGUCGAUUUACAUCAGUCGAGAGAUGAGAUCACAUGUGAUUACACAACUCAGUCAGAUGGUCUUCACAGCAAUAUUGAUUUUUUGUCCUCUAGGGAUGUGUUACCAGGAAAGUCUUGGCCUUCUACAAGAAGACUGGUCUUGGCAGUGUGGAAUCUUCGCUGUGUUGAUGGCCUGGUUACAUUUAAUCAAUGCUGUCAAUCAAGCUCUAACAUCAGAGUUCUUACCAAUUGCAAAAGAUUUUUUAGAAAUCCUUCUCAAGGUAGUAUACUUUCUUAUAGCCUUCGUGGCUAUCUUUGCUUUUAUCUUCCACCUCCUCCUGCUUGAGAAAAAGGCUUUUGUGUCAUUCCACCAGUCAAUAGCUAGCACAAUAGUUUGGAUGCUACUGGAUCUAGGGUAUGCUGAUAAUUUUGUUAAUGAGCAGCUAUCGUACCCCAUUCUCAGCAAUAUCAUAUUCUUUGUAUUCAUAACCACAAUUGGUUGUCUUAUCGUUAGUUUAAUUAACAAGGAAAGAACAGUCAAAUCCAGAGGCAGAGAGCUUGAUCUUGGAUACAGGAGACUAGUUCUCUAUACCCGGCUUAUCUUCAGGUAUGAUAUGUGCUUUCCCUGGUUCCGACGGUGGUGUACUGUUUGUGAAUACACAGACAGUCACAGAAAUCAAACACUUCUUGAAUAUUACCUUGGUCAAAUUGAGAAGGGAAAUGACACAGAGGAGUCUACUACUGCAAGAGAUGAUGAGAAAAUAUGUGAAAGAAUAAAGAAAUUAGAAACUCUUAUAUCCGAAGUAAAAGAUGAAAUGUUCAACAUCAAGAGACUCCUAAAAGGGAAGGAUGAUGAUUAAAAUAUUACUCUCCGUACUCAAUCGUAACUCCUGGAGUUGGGCAACUGUUUCAUCCUAUCUUGCAUUUUUAAAUAAGUGCCAUAAUUCUUGAAGAAUUAUUAUCUACAUGUUACAAUAACAACAGUGAGUGGGUUGGUAAUUUAUACAGUACUCAAGCCAGGUAUCCCCAUUUUGAUGUGUCGCAGAAAGUAAAAACUGAGUGCCCCAGUUUUCUUUCAUACAAGUACAAAAAGGUUUUGGUUGUCUAAGUAAAAUUAGUACAUUUCAAAACCAUGUGUGAAUGCAGCUCUUGAGGGUAAGCUCUUUCCUUAAUCUCUGAUAAUCUUAAUUAAUAAAUAUUGUACUGUUAACAUAUCUUGGCAAGUUUUAUGAUCAAAAUAUGAAGUUUUUCAUAAUAAAACUAAUAUUAUAAUACUUACCUGAACAUCUGAAUUAGCGCUGGUCACUGACCAGCCCAAAAUGUAUCCCCACAUAUUUACCCACUAAGUGGGUACGUAAAUCAAACUGAAGUGGGGAGGAGGGUGGGAAUCAUUCAGGUAUUCAGGUUCAGAUAAGUAUUAAAAUAUUAGUUUUAUUAUGAAACUUCAUAUUGCAAUACAGUUCCUGAACACCUAAAUUAGCCUGAUUAACAAAAUUUUAAUGGAGGUGGGAUCAAUCUAAUUCAGCCCGACCUGUCCACGGAGCAUAUGCAGGUAACUCAUUAUCAACCUACCAUGUAUAAAUGUAUGUAUCCUCACCUAAUUAUCUAACUCGGUAGGUGAGGAUGUUUGCAAAGAAAGUUUCAACAUCUGUUGAGUCUAAGUAUCGUCUGAGUCAGAUGUACCUCCCAUGUGGUAAGCUAUACUUCUUAUUAAUGGAGGUAAAAACAAAUCUCCUCAUCUAGUCAUCCAACUCAGAAGGUGAGGAUGCUUUCAGAGGAAGUGCCACACAGUCAGUGUUGAGUCCAAGGUACCGCCUGAGUCUGAAGAACCUCCCUCUAUACCUCUUAUGUAUAGAGGGGUAACAGUGAACCUCCUAUUGGCUAUUCAGCCUCUCAUGUAUGGAGAAGUUGAGUGUGCAGGACCUUCAAGUUCUCUACUGCUCACUGACGCAGAUGACUGUGCUGAAGAAGUUGUAGUUAUUCCAACAUGACCAUCUGGAUCUGCCUAACCUCAAGGACCUAAAAGAACAAUACACUCAUUCUAAGCUUGACCAACAGAAACACUGGAGUUCAUUUAGACUAUCACUGACUACCCAUACUUCUAACAUCCUAACGAUACCAAGCCAAUUAUAAAACUGAGUUAGCCACAACGACAGGACCCAGCGAGUAACCUUUCUCAGAAGAAACUGAAAAUCCCUAGGGUAGAGUGUUGUGAAAAUCCACACCGACUCUCAAAUAACCACUUCCAAGAUCACAGACAUCGAAAAAUUCCUCCCGAAAACUGAAGGGUAGCCAUCCGUGAUACUUUGUGCCCUUAGACACGAAGCCCAACCCAAAGGCUCUGAAAGUGAUGAAAAACCAACCGACGCUUGACUAAAAACCCCUCGCAAGAAUAAACUAAUUGCACUUUGGAAAUGGAACGACAUGGACACCUAGGGGAAACCAAAUAAGAUUCUUGGACGAGGUAAAAGUUCCUCAGUACGUGACAAAUAAACUUUGAGAUCUCAAACUGGACACAGCAGCAUUUGUGAUCAGUCACCUGCUAUAUGAUCAUCCAACAAUGCUGCUGCGACUCUUAAUAAUGAUGAUGACAACACAAAAUUGACCAUCAAGGAGACAUCUUGUUUCUAAAAGAAUGUUGCUGAGCACAAGAGGCGCCCUCAACAGAACCUUCUUAUGAAUGUCCGGAUAGUGCUGAGGCAGAUGAUUUGACAAGAAGUCCCUCCUCUCCUUGACAAGAACAUAGUACACCCAGGCAAAAUGUUAGUCAGGUAUAUGAACCCCAUCGAAACCUAAGUGAUGAGGUUGUCAAACAGUCCAGGAUCUGAGAAACACCCAUCAACUCUCCAACUCUUCAAAACCAGACAAAACCGAAACCACAUUCAAACGACCAACCACGGACGAGAAACCUUCUGUUGCAAAGAAUUCGAUGCAGGAAAUAGAACCAAAGAUGGCUAUAAAGAACAAAACUUCACACUAGACACUACUAGGGAGUCCGAACCCAAGAGAACCUUAUAUAACCUGCACUUAUCUUCCUAAAUACUAUGUAACCUAUUACCGCUACUCGUCUGUCCCUGGCCUAACUUUACAUUAACCUUAGAACUUACACCUUAACGGGGAAUCUCCUGCUAAACACUGCCUGCUCCGUGCUGGUGGCGGGCCGGAGAUCCUACCCUUCGGGUCUGGUUCUCCAUGACCCCCGGCACCCGUUAGGGCUGGUUCUAGAACAGGCAGGGGAGCUGAAAGAGAAUGAUUAGUAUCACCUAUGCUACUACUGCUAUCUCUAUUUCAACUAGCUUUGUCAUAAAAUCAGCAAACAAGUUAGGCAUUCUGUCCUCCAAUUCUGAACCGUUCCUACCCAGCUCUUCUUUGCUUAACUUUCGCGAUUUUGCCGCUAUCUUCUAUUUGGUCUUGGUAGUCCUCUAAGUGAUCUAAUGAACUAAUCCUUACAUUCUUUACCCCUAUGUAUGACAAGCAUUGCACUUCCCUACGUACAGCUAAAACAAAAAGAAUGUCUGUCAUUUGAGGUUACUCAUCUGUUGCACAUAGCACAGGAAUGAAGCAUGCCGACAUCUCAACCAGCAGCUGUUGGAGGUGAGGCUGAUGAAGCAGAGAUUGAGGUAAGGAUUUUCUUAAUGAGGCUCGUCCAUCUCCUCCAAACGAUAACAGAGAAGUUCCAAAAACAAUCUAAAUAUGAUCCACAUCAGGGAAAAUCGGAAGAGAUAUGUAAACGAAAGCCAAGGAUAUCAAAACCCUAUCAAGGCCUCGGUAAACACUUUGAGGGUUGGCUAAAAGACCAAAUGUUCGCUGGGAGCAGGAAUACUUCCGGCUCUCCAUGCGAACAGAGAACAAUUGAGGAGACGGACCUGUGGUGGCCAGUAUUUGCAUCAGAUUGCCAAUGGUAACACAAGUAACUAAUUUGACUAGAUUUUACCUGCAACGUUGGUAACCCUGACAGUUAAAAUUACUCACUUAGUGGGGUAAAUAGGUGGGGAUAUUGUUCGGGCUGGUCAGUGACCAGGGCUAAUUCAGGUGUUCAGGAAGUGUAUUGCAAUAAAAACUUCAGGUUUUGAUACCAUCUAUUACGGUCUUGAAUAUCCAUGGAAUGGAAUGGAAAGGAAAUUAAAUUAAAUGGAAUGGAAUAUGGAAUUUAAGCUUGACGCCAAGCACUGGAAUCCAAAAGAUUAUUCAAUGCUAUAAUGAAUUUAGUUUGAGUUGUGUGUCAAUGAAUUUAUGAACUGAAUAAAUAAAAUUUAUUUUAAAACUGUGGUAAAAAUUGAUAUUUGGUAAAAACUGAUAUUCUUCAUAAAAAAAAUGUAACUUUGCAUUUAGGAUAUGAAUAUACCCUUUAGUGUGAAAAAUAGUAAAAAAUAUAUCUUAUGAGGGUCAAAAUGAUGCUCGUUUAAAUAAUUGGAGAGAACUCCAAACUGGGAAUGAUCUUACCUUUCAUAGUCCCCUUUGUGUGCCACCUCUGAAGCUAGCUGAAAUCUCAAUUGUCAAGCUCUAGGCAAAUUCAAACUCCCGCUACAACAAAAAUAUAAUUUUUAUUUCCCAAAGCAGCUAACAUGAGAAAAGAAUAAAAUAAGUUAAAGAAAAUCCUUAAAAUCCUUAACCAUGAAUAGGUUUCGCUAUUUUGGUACUCCUUUAAAGGUGUGUGGGGUUGAGUUCGACCCGAGCGACCAGAAAAAUUCGUGAAAAUUAAAAAACUGUAGCUAUGCUGUACAUUUUAAUUUCUAAAAUCAAUUUCACCAUUGCUGAACACUACUGAGAAGAUAAAUCAUACCCAUCUACAAAUUAAAUAUUUAUUACAAAUAUAUUAAAAAAAUGUAUAUAAAAAAUAAUUUACAAAAAUAUUUUAAAAAAAUACAAAAUACACUAUAUACACACAAAAAUUGAGGGAAUCCUUCCUAAAACUACUAUUUACAAUAUGCGACUGCCGGAGAAGGUGUCAGACCCAUAGAGGUCAAAAUCUGAAAUGAGAAAAAAAGGAUAAGUUUUUUGAAAAAAAAAAAAAAAAAAGUCAAUAUUUCACAAUUUUUUUUCGGUACCUAAAUGAAAUAGGAAGUGGCUAAUUUUUUUUAAAGAACAAACUCAUUUUAUCCUAGAAUGGAAUUAUGUAAAAAGAUCUACACUAAGACGUAAUUUACUUUUAUAUCAGAAAUGUUAUUGUCUCUCUCUCUCUGGCUCUCUCUCCAACAAUAAUUUACGAAAUAUUUACAAAAAAAUACAAAAUACGCUAUAUGCACACAAAAAUUGAUGGAAUCCUUUCUAAAACUACUAUUUGCAAUAUGUGACUGCCAGGAAAAGUGUUGGAACCAUAGAGGCCAAAAUCAGAAAAGAGAGAGAAAAAAAAAAGGGUACGUUUUUUGGCCAAAAAAAGUCAAAAUUUCACGAAUUGUUUUUGCUACCUAAAUGAAAUAGAAGUGGCUGAUUUUUUUAUAGAAUAAACUAAUUAUCCUAGAACGGAAUUAUGUAAAAAGAUCUGCACUAAGAUUUAAUUUACUGUCAUAUCAGAAAUGAUAUUUCUCUCUCUCUCUCUCUCUCUCUCUCUCUCUCUCUCUCUCUCUCUCUCUCUCUCUACAGUGUCGAUGAUUUAUUGACAUAAGCUGAUGUAAUCUGUCACCAGAAAAGGCACAGACCCACUCCCUUCUCUCCCCCUCGUCUCGUAAUCAUUUCAAGGUCACCUCCCUCGCCUCCAACCCUUCAUUACACAAACUUGAGCGUUUUGCCAUAGAGGUGUCAUCAACCUCUAAAUUUAUCAUCAACAUCACUUUCUAAUUCCGUUAGAAGUAAGUUGAUGAUAUCCAUGCCCAGAGAAUACGAAAGAAAUUGGACCAAAUGGCAAUAUAAGGCAUCUCAGCCACAACCAAUGGCAUGCAUAAUGUACACACACCAUCUACCUACAGUUUCCAACAAUACAAAACUAUCCCAGUGUCAACAGUGUUAGACAGGAAAUCACUACUUGAAAACUUUGCCUUUGUAUCCCACACAUGUUCAAAACAAACAAUUACUCAGAAAAGGGGAAAGGACAAAGGCAAGGCAAACACAGGUUUUGACAGGAUUGUAGUGUGUAUUCUGCUGGCCUCUUGCAGGUCAAUCACACCCAGAUUCGAGAUAGACGAUGAUUUAUGGGGGGGAAAAAACAUGUUUUUUGAAACACUCCUCAGCUCGUGCUCAGCCUGUCGCACCUAUUCAGGGUUUAACUAUCAUAUUCUUCCCAAAAUCAUAAUUAAGUAAGUACCCCCUCUUAUCUCAUUCUGUCUGACUAAUCAUAAUCUAUCAAUAAGUCAACUCCAGUCUAUAGAGAUCCCAUUGUAUAUGGUGACUUCGAAUCCAUCUGAAAAUAAGAAUAUAAUUAUCAAACAGUGAAAUGUUAAAAGUUCGUCAAUAAAUGAGUGUUGCAUCACACUCCCCUCUCUCUAGAACUGAACACAUGUCACUACAAAAAAUAUAUAACCUUCCAACAUCUUUCACUUUACCUUUUCAACGGAACUUAGCACCUUUCCCUACGCCAAUGUCUCUUGUGACCACUAUGACAGUUUGUCAUCUAAUUCCCUGUUAAUUCACAUACUAGAGAUUAUAUCUCAUUUACUGUAAAUGACGUACGUAUGUACGCCCACCAACAGAUGUACGGAUACACACAUGCUAUUGAACACGCGAAUGUACACGCGCUAGUCUGUUCCCAUUUACUCGGUAACCUGAAGUAACCUUCCCGUGGCUUUACCUCAGAUCUCUGGAAUGUGUUCGCAAUUUCGUUUAUGCACAUGGUGUGUUUUUUCGAUUCGUGUCUCGCGUCGGCACCUUAAGGAAUUCAGUGUCUUUGCAUCUGUUUCUAACUGGCAAGAGAUUUGGCUAAUGCAGUUAAUUCAGCUGUAAGAAUAGGCAAUAUUAGACAGUCUGCCAACAUAUGAACUAUUACCAUGAACAACAGCACAACCAACACCACUUGAUGGUUUUGAUCCAUCAGCAAAUAGUUUAACAGAACCUGAAUGUACUUGAUCAUGAUCAAGAAAAUGAGCCUUCACUUCGAUGACAUUAUCUGAUUAAAAUUUUUAACAGCAGCUUUAUGACAGUGAUGGUUCUGGGUCAACCAAGGAGGUAACAAAGCUAUGCAAUGCUUUAAUUUUUUGGUUAUUACACAUAAAAAGGCUCUGAUGCGUUUGCAAACUGAUGUGAAUCAUUUUUGUUAAGAAUGGAUGCUGCAGGGUUUUCAGGGAACCUCUUGAAGUGAACAUAGCCCACGGUACUAGUUCCUCUCAACGUAAACCUAGAGGGAGCUCUUCAGUGUCAGAAUAUAAGCUUUCAACUGGUGAUGCCUUAAAUGCACCAGAGAAUAUAUGUAGACCAUCAUGAUGAAUUACAUCCAACUCCUCAAGUUUUCUUGUACUUGCUGAAGAGUAGAGUUGGCAACCAUACUAAGCACCCCAGUUAAAACCUGAGACUACAUUUAAAAUGUUAAGGGAUUUCUUUACCUUAAUUUUCAAGGAUUCAAUAUGACUAAUACCAUGCUAACUUCUUAUCAAAAAUCAUCCCUAAAAACUUCACCUCCUCUUCAUAUGGUAUUAGUGUAAUACAAAGUAUACAAGUGUUUCUGAGAAAAAUCAAGCGUCAGUUUCAAUACUUGGUAGCGAUAAUAUUGAACAUUGAUACUACUAGUUUCUCCAGAAACAUUUACUAGUUUUGUUAUUGUUAUUAUAAGAUGUUAAAAGUGUUAAUUAGCAUUUCCCAAUUUGCCUUCAUUUCCAAUUUUAGUCAUAUUCCACUAAAUGACAUGACAAAUUUUUAUUCUUAAAACAUCAUAAUUACCCAUAAUUCUCAAAAUUUGGUCCUAAUAAUAUCUAUUUUUCUUAGAAGACUAAACUCUUACAAUUUUCUAGGGUCCAGUGAUCCAAAAUGUUUUAGCUCUAAUUACAAUUUUAUCAGCCUGAAAAUUUAGGUAUCUAUUUCAAAUAAUAAAUCUUGUUUUUGUAAACUAUUAUUUCCUCUCAAUAACUAUAAUAGUGAUAGUAUUAUGGUAAUGCUACUGUCGUAGGUUAUUAACCUUAAGCUGUUUAUGGUGUACUAACAACAGAAUAUAGUUAUAUUUUUGACAAUUUUUCUAAAUUAUAUCAUAAUAAAAUCAA